UCGUUCCCUCUCACUCUUACUCCAAUGUCAGCGUGACUUUGCAACAUCCUUGUUUGUUUCCAGCGCUUGUACAAACGCAUCUACGCUGAAUCAUGAGCGUCCCGACGCUAGAUAAGUCGGUAAAUAUUGUGAAAAACCGCGACCAAGUUGUAACAACAUUAGCAAGCUUAAUCGAACAAGUCUCCAAUGACCGCAUCCAAAAACACAGUGUUUUCAAUAUCGGAGUUUCAGGUGGCUCAUUGGUCGCCUUCCUGAAGGAAGGCCUCCCGAAAAUCCAGACGGAUUUCGGCAAAUGGCGGAUUUUCUUCUGUGACGAAAGAGUCGUCCCUGAAGACAGCCCCGACUCCACUUACGGACAGUACAAACAGCUGAUUUCUGCGCUUAAUCUCAAGGAAAACCAAUUUGUUACAAUCAAACAGGGAGUUUCAGCCCAGGAGGCUGCUGAGGAUUACGUCCGCAAGGUGGCGCAGCAAUUCCCUCAAGAUGCUAUCCCGAAGUUUGAUAUGUUGCUACUGGGGAUGGGACCAGAUGGUCACACUUGUUCCCUCUUCCCUGGGCAUAAGUUACUGGAAGAGAGGAGCAAAUGGGUGGCGGCUAUUACAGAUUCCCCCAAACCACCCCCAAGUAGAGUUACCCUUACGUUUCCGGUGAUUAACAACGCCCUCUAUUGCGUUUUCGCACUUUGUGGCAAAGAAAAAGCGGACAUGGUCAAGCGCAUUCUUGUGGACGGUGAAGACUUACCAGCUACUAGAGUUAAACCAAAUGGCGGAACCCUUGUCUGGAUUAUGGACGAAGAGGCUGGGAAGUAUUUGAAAUGAAACCAACGCACGAUUUUUAUAAUUUUAUUUUUAUAUAAAUACAAUACAGAGGUAUAAUAAAUACCAGUUUAUUAAAAUA